GCCCAAACACCACAAGUCUUCCCCCAAGCCCCAUAUCAUUACAACCAUCUUGCAAAAAAGUUUACCCUUUCACUUUCUCAUACAUUUCAGUACCACCACUUAAUCCAAGAAAAUCAAAUCCGAGCUAACACACAACUGCGUGCCAAUUAUAAGCUUAGAGAGAGAACAGAGAGAGGGUUUUAGAGAGAUAACAGAGAGAGGGAGUGAUCAGUUUCUGAGAGGAAACUUAGAGAGAGCGGGGCAAAAAAGUACUCUCAUCAUGGAAGUGGAGAAGGGAACAAAGAUGGGGUUUGAGGAGACAGAGCUAAGGCUAGGGUUGCCAGGGAAUGGUGGAGGGGCUGAAGGAGAGAUGGUGAGGAAGAGAGGAUUCUCUGAGACUGUGGACUUGAAGCUCAAACUUUCUUCCAAGGAGAGCGGUGCUGAUCCAAAUCAUGAGAAGACCAGCAGUUUGCAAAGGGAGAAGAAUCUUCUGGCCACUGAUCCAGCAAAGCCUCCAGCUAAGGCACAGGUUGUGGGAUGGCCUCCAGUACGAUCUUUCCGAAAGAACAUGUUAGCAGUCCAAAAGAGCAGCACUGAUCGAGAGUGUGAGAAGGUUCCUGGGGGCAAUGCUACCUUUGUGAAGGUUAGCAUGGAUGGGGCACCUUACCUCCGUAAAGUGGACCUCAAGAUGUACAAGACAUACCAGGAGCUUUCUGAUGCCUUGGGAAAAAUGUUCAGUUCCUUUACUAUAGGCAAUUGUGGAUCCCAUGGAUUGAAAGAUUUCCUCAAUGAGAGCAAGCUCAUAGAUCUUCUCAAUGGCACUGAUUAUGUUCCAACUUAUGAAGACAAGGACGGUGAUUGGAUGCUCGUCGGUGACGUCCCAUGGGACAUGUUUGUUGAAUCAUGCAAGAGGCUGCGAAUAAUGAAGGGAACGGAGGCUACUGGACUUGCACCAAGAGCCAUGGAGAAGUGCAAGAACAGAAGCUACAAGUAGUGAGAGCCACAGCCUGCUCCUUUGAUCUCGUGGGUCGCAGGAACCAAAAAGAUGAUAAAACGCGUAGAUGGAUUGAGCAGGUUGUUCUCGUGGAGCUGUUUCUGUAAUAUUAUUAAUUGUGUUUUGUGAGAUACUCUAUCAGUAAUUUAUAUUAUUAUGGACAGGAACGAUAAUAACUCUAGUUGUGUUCCGAGAGACUCGGUCAUGUGUCUUGCUUGUUCUGUUUUAAUUAUUUGCUUAUUAAUGUUACGACCAUGUACUUGUUUGUUUUCUGGGUA